AUGGGGGCUUCUCCCAAGCACUCCUCCGCCCGAGACACGGCCCCCGAAUCGAAAGCAAAUACCGUGGGCAAGCCUGAAGGCCCCUCGUCCAGCAUCGAAGCCACCAAACCGCUCGCGCCCCCGCCUCGACCGGGUCAGCAGCAGCAAUCGGCCCAGGGGAACAAUAAUACACCCGAAUUUUUCACGGCUCAAGCCGGCGGAUCCCUCAGUCUGGAACCCAACCCCUUCGAGCAGUCCUUCGGGGGCAGCGGCCCAGAGACUCCGGGGGGAACCAAGUUGCCUCCAGUCGCCUCCCUGACGUCGCCCUCGUCGCUCCUGCCCGGCAGCAACGCGACGCCCUUCAACUGGGGCGGUGGCUCCCUACGCACCGGACCCUUGAGCCCGGCCAUGCUGUCGGGGCCGGCGAACGAUUACUUUGGCGACACCCACCAGCUUCGAGGCGGCUUCCCGACACCCAACGAGUCCUCCCUGCGAUCGGGCCUCACCCCCGGCGGCAGUGGCUCCAUGUUCCCUGCGCCGAGUCCCAACACCCAAGCCAUCUUCGCCCAGCUUGCCAGCGGUGGUGCGACGCCGAGCACCAUCGACUUCCAUCGAACCGCGCUGAGUGCGGCCGCGAAGCGCGAACAGAUCAACGGUGGCCCGCAAUCGACACACCAGCAGCAGCAUCAGCCGUCCGUCACGUCCCAACCUCAAGACAUACCCACCAGCGCGCCCGCCGUCAAAUCCGAGCCGAAGCCUCCUUCGGGGCCCUUCGACCCCCACGACAACGACGCGGCCAACGGCCUGUUCAUGCUUGCUCAGGGUGCCCAGGGUCGCAGCAGCAGUCAGAACUCGAGCCAGUUUUCGGUCACGUCGGCCCCUGGUCACGCACAUCCCGCGCCCGCGCCCGCGCCCCCACCCGUAUCGGUACCCGCACCAGCUCCCGUUCCCGCUCCUGCGCCCGCGCCAGCUCCGCUGCCCUCGGCCGGCGCGGUGCAGAUGUCAGGUAGGAACCCGGGCUCCAUCGGCUCAGGCCGAGGCGAAAGCGAAGGGAGUGUCGUGUCGGACGGGGCCGACCAGGCCAAGCCCAACACGAGGGGAAAGGGUAAGAAGAAGCCCGGGGCGGCCAAUGGCGGUCGCAGGAAAGCGGAAGCGAUGCCUGCGAAGGCGCCGCCGAGGAAGAAAGCUAGAGGCAAUAGCGGUGCAUCGCAAGGCAGCGUUGACAUGUUGUCGGACGACGAUGACGAUGACGACGACGACGACGACGACGACAUGAAGCGGGACGAGAAUGGAAACAAGACCAAGAUGACGGACGAAGAGAAGCGCAAAAACUUCCUCGAGCGUAAUCGCGUCGCCGCUCUCAAGUGUCGUCAGCGUAAGAAGCAAUGGCUGGCGAAUCUGCAGGGCAAGGUAGAGCUGUACAGCAACGAAAAUGAGGCACUGACGACGCAAAUCACGCAGCUGAGGGAAGAAGUCGUCAAUCUGAAAACUCUCCUGCUCGCCCACAAGGACUGCCCCGUCACGCAGCAGCAGGGCAUCCACGGUGCCUUUAUGUCGCAGGUUGUCGAACCCUUCAAUGCCCAGAUGAACCCCUACGGCAUGGCGGGAACGAUGGCGAGCCAGCAGCAGGUCAUGGCCGGCCAGGGCGUUCAGCGACGUUUCUCCUAG